AUGGCAUCUACGACGCGAAGGCAAAGCCGGUUGCUUGAGUUGGGGGAGUUGCCGGCAUCCCCGGGAAAGAGUGGGGAGGGUAAGAUGGAUAAGAAGUCAUCGUCUGCCGGGGAAGUAGACCAGAAGGAGGAGAAGGGCAUUAAUGGGAAGACCAGAAUGAUCAUGUCGACGACUACAGACCACGCAUCUCCAACCACAAAUUUCAGCAACAUACCCAAAGAAGAAGAAAGCGAACAAAAGGUUCCAAGAGACGCAUCGGAGACCACAGCCACCACACUAAAAGAACGUACCCAAUCGAUGGAAAUGACAGGAAUUAUCCACGCCCUGGAUCCUCUGCGAAUUCCAGAAGAAGAAGGGCGGGUUAAAACCGAAGAAUCAGCACUCUAUCGAUCCAGCUCCAUCGUCUCAGACGCCGACGCCCAGGCAGCCAACGACAACGCCUUCUCCGCUUCAAACUCCGAUUCAGACUCCUCAGACGGCCUAGAAGCCGUCUUCACCGCCGAACUCGAAAUCGACGAAGACCCGACCACAGGCCCCAAACCCACCUCCACUCCACCAUCACCAGCACCCUGCCCAUCACCCGUUGUGAUCACACCUCCCGCUCCACCACUCGUCGCGUCCAAACCCAGUUUUCAAACCGGCAUGGUAUACCUAGCGGCUGAAUACAAACCCUGGGAGAUAGUGUACCAAUGUGUCGCGUGCGAAGCCGAUGUACGCAUCCGAGGUGGGGGACAAUUGCCGUACAAUCUUUCGGGAGGCAAUACCGAGAUGUUGAGGUGUAGGGAGUGUGGGUGUAGGAUUUUGUUGAAGAAGACGAGGAGGGCUAUGCAGUUUGAGGCGCGAUAA